ACUUGGAGCCAUAUGUUCAUCUUUCUGAUGCUGAACAGUAAGACUUUUGCACAAAGGUGCUUUUCAAAAGCGUACUGAAUCUUCCUCUUUGAAAAUGGUUUGCUUCUCAUUCAAGAAAUAGAUGUGGAAAGCUGUUACAGAACAAUUUAAAGAAGAUCCCUUCUGAGAGAUUUUCCUUCCAUUUGAGAAUAUUUCUUUCUGGAGUAAGAAAAGAUGGCAGGUGUAAGCUCAUGUAUGAAAUACUCCAUGUUUGUCUUCAACUUUUUAUUUUGGAUAAUUGGAUGUAUUAUUCUGGGAUUCUCUAUAUGGAUACGUGUCAGCAAACAUACCCAAGAGGACUUCAAAACAGACUCAAGCUUGCUUCCUGCUGUUGAUCUCCUCAUUGCUGUGGGCUCUAUCAUUAUGGUGCUUGGGUUUCUAGGUUGCUGUGGUGCCAUGAAAGAGAGCCAGUGCAUGCUCCUCCUGUUUUUCAUUGGACUACUGUUGAUUCUGCUUCUUCAAAUUGUAGCAGGCAUUUUGGGAGCAGUAUAUAAAUCUCAGAUUGAAGGCCUCGUAAACCAGACUCUCGAGAAAGAAAUGGAUGUAUUAAAACUUGCUUCAACUAAUAAUAAGGAUGCUCUGAACAAGUUCCACAACUUUGAGAUGGAGAACAAAUGUUGUGGCAUGCUUAAAGGAAAAGAAGAUUGGGGACAAAACUUUCUUCCUUACCAUGGAUGUGAAUGUAAUCAGACAGACAUAGGUACAAUUUAUUGUGAUAAACAACACUAUGCAAAGACUUGUGCGACUGUAAUUAUGGAAAUAUUGAAGAACAAUAUGGUUAUAGUUAUGGGGAUAGCAUUUGGACUGGCAUUUAUUGAGAUUGUUGGCAUGGUGUUUUCAAUGGCCCUUUACUGCCAGAUCCAGAAAAAAUGAAACCAAGAAAAUGAUCAGUCAAACCAGAAAGCUUUGUAGAUUGAGGAAUUGGAUCUGUAGUUGGAUUUUUAUUUUUUAUUUUUUAAAGCACCAUGUAAUUUGUGUUUGGGGUGUUGGUAAUUUGUAAUCUAUUUGACUACCCAAAAAAAGAAAAGCACUGCUCUAUAUUCAAUACAUUGUUUUCCACUCAUCUGUUUUCUAAAUUAAAGUUGAUGCUUACUUAACCAA